AUCUUUUGUGAAGAAGUGGUUCAUUAUUUUACACAAACCUUAUGUUUUCAGUUAUCAAAGUUCUAGAUCGGCAAAACUUGUCUCUAUAACACCAAGAGAAAUGGAGCUCAUAUUGAAUUGAUGUGUGUCACGGCGGCCAGCGACAGUGGGUUGCGAGCGGCAGGCUGCGGGUUUAAAUUUGCAGACCUGCUGCUGUUCUCGGUCUUUGACGCUAUAAGGAAGGAGACCAAAUCGAAUUGAUGGCAAUCUCUCCAUAAGGACAUGAUGGGUAUUGCGCUAUCCGCUGUCGGAGUGCGGUCGACAGUGAGAUGACAGAAAGAAUCUGAAACUAAAGAAUUUGGGAAGUUUUUGAGGGCAAUGGGGCAGAAGGCUAAAUAACCGAUCUGAUUAAUUCAUAAUACAUUUAUAACCACACCAAACCGAACCGAUUUUUUCCGGUUUCGGUCCGAUUUGGUUCAACUGUUCUUGGUUUCAAAAUCCCACCCGUAAUUUAUCCCCACUCCUCAUUCUAUGCAUAUAUGCUAUCCCGUAAUUUGGUUUCUUCGGGCUGCCAUAACUCACAUCUACAAUGGAUGAAGCUACUACCAAUCCUGAUCCGUGUCACCUGUUAAUACGUUUGGAGGAUAUUUUGGAAUCUGAUCCUAUAAUUGAUGAAGUGGGGUUUAUUCAUCCAAAUCAGUUCACCGCAUUCACUGAAGAGGUUUGUAGCAAACCUUCCUCGUCUUCUGGAACUAAUCUUCAACUAGAAGAUGGUAGUUAUGAUAAUUUUUUUUGUCAUCAUGGACAUAAGCUUGGCAUCAGUACCUUUGUUCUAGUUCCUCUCUAUCGUGUGGCUAAAGAUGCAUUUAUGGAUGCUUAUAAUCAAUAUGUAAUCUCAUGCGAGUCUCGAGCAAAAACAGUUGAUGAACCAGAUGGAAAUGCAUUGUUCGUGGACAUUGUGGAAAAGGAAGUUAUGAAACAUAGCAAGACACUUCUUCUAUUGAGCUGUGAUUUUGGCACUGCUUGGAAUUCCAGGAAAGUUAUUGUGUCAAAGAAGCUACUACUUCCGAUGUUUAUGGAUGAACUACUCUUAUCAGCUUUAGUUCUAUCCUAUUCACCAAAAAGCGAACGUGCUUGGAGCCACAGGAGAUGGGUGAUCAAGAUGAUCACUGGAAAGUGCACAAAUCUACAAGAGAUUGUGGAGAGAGAAUCGCAGUUAGUGAAAACUCUUGCUGAGAACACUAAAAUGAAUUAUCGUGCUUGGAAUCACCGCUGCUGGUUGGUUUCCUACAUGUCAAAUUCACAGGUUUUACUUGAGUUGACGAGUUCAAGAGCUUGGGCUGGUCUUCACGUUGCUGAUAACUCUUGCUUCUCUUACCGAGCUCGCUUACUACUCCAUAUGAUAGAGAAUUUACAGCAGAACAAGGAUUCUGAUGGCUUGUCAGGUGCAGAAUUACAUAAAACGUUGAAGGACGAACUCGACUGGAUUGGCAUGUUGAUAAGGCGCUAUCUGGGAAGAGAGGCUUUAUGGCUCCAUCGUCGUUUUCUCUCUCUAGUAUGGGUGAAACAACACUUAGCGUCUGAUUACGAUCACAGUAAUAUGUUCUCCAACAGUCCCUGCGCAAGUUGCAACAUUAGUGUGUUCGUGAAAGACGAGCUGAUACUGCUCAAUUCCUGCUUAAAUUUCCCCAAUAAAGAAGAUGAUUUCGGGGAAUAUGCAGCGCAAGCGACCCAUGCUGCUACCUACAUAUUAUGGCUUGCAAAGCAAUUGCCCAUGUCUUUUGGGGUCGAGCUCCAGAAGAGUUCAGAGUAUGAAGCUUUUUCAUCUGACAAAUCUGCUAGCAAGAAUUUCCAGAAUGCUGCUGUUGAAGCCCUUAAACGCUAUGUUCCUUCUUAUCUUGUGUCCAUGGAAAAGAAGGGAGUCAAUAAUAUAUUGUCAAGAUACCUUGAAAUAUGUUUACUCAACAACAAUAGGGGUGACGUGGGUUCUUGGAUUCGUGAGACUGCAAUGGAUGGCCACGAGAGAUGUACAUAUAUCCUCUGCAAGGAAGAUUCUAUUGAUCAAGAUAAAUUGUCACAACAGUCUCGUAUCCUCGUUUUAUUCAUCUUCUUGAAGUUGGUUGCUAUAGUAAAUUUGUGGUGUCUGGGCUUGUUAUCUCUAUUGGCGGGAUUCAAGAGUCUUUGGCAAAGGCAUAAUCAGUGCUUUGUUAGAUUAUCUUCAGGGCACACACUCCGAUUUCUGUGCUGGUGUUUGGAUUCCCUUGGAGCAGAGCUGAGAGAAACAAAGGAUUUCUCUAAAUUAAGGACGGGAAUUGCAAUACUCGGAUAUGUUGCUUCAAUAUCGGACCCCAUCAGCAUAGGGCAUUCUCUCAUCUGCUGCUGUUCACCAAUAUGCCAAGCCGAUGAAGUUCUUGUUUUCCUACAAGCAAAUGGGAACCUUGUGGCCGAGGAUAAACUAGAUGAAGCCAGUCUUGAAAGUCAACAAACGGUAAACAGCACUCGGACUAUAUUGGAAAAUGGUGUUGAGUGGAAACGGGCAUCGACUGAAGAGAAUGCUUCGUACUCCUUGUUAGUUGGGUCCAUUGGAAAUCCCCAUCCUUCACUACAAAUACAAAGGGAGCACAAUGGAGACACACUUACAAACACAAGUAAAAGCGUACAUUGUACAACAAAAGAACAGGCCAGACCAACUUGAAAGCAAUAUAAGUAGAAGACUUAAAGAGAAAAUCCAAUUUAUCCAAAUCAUAGAAAGCAUCUUUACAAAUAGUAUCUGCAUCAACCAGAAUUUAAGAAUUUGUCAUAUAUGAGAGAGAGAGAGAGAGAAUAGGAGGUAGGUUUAAAGAGGGGGAAUUGGCGUUGGCCAAUCCGAAUGCAGCAUAGGAAAAGCAGUGAGUCGGUUAUCAUACGAUUCAUAUUCGAUCACCUUCAGCUUCAACGGCUCCCGAAGCUGGCCGACCUUCUCCCAUGCAGGCCUCACCAGAUCAUACUGGUACACACCACUUUCCCACACAACGAGAACCGCGUCCCUAUCCAUCGGAUGCAAAUAAACCCCAACAAACCAACCCUCUCCUUUCGGCCUUGCAUACGUCCUAUCGUGCACCAACACCCACUCUGACACCUCUGCCGCCGCUACCUCCCACACCUUGAUACCAAAAACUCUCUUAUCAGACGACAACACCACAACCUGCACAAGCCUCAGCCCACUCUCUCCCGCCACGAACCCAAUCUGCUGGCUCACGUGACUGACGCUUCGAUCCGGAAACCACCAGAAAUCGCUCGGGAAUCGGAUCACACUGCUCUCACCUCUCGACACGUCCAGACAGACUACCCGGCGGAGCGAAGACCACCGCUCGAACUCCACAAAGUAAACGACCCCGUCCCACGCCACCGGGUCCACCGAGCAGAUGGUCGCGAAACUGCUCGGAAGCGGGUAGCUGAACUGCAGGACCUCCCACUGCCCAGUCGUCGAGCGAUAAACCGACGCCUUUUGUCUCGUGGGCCUCGGCGGUCCCCAGUGGGGGAUUUCGGGCUGAUGCAAAAGCACCACAUCCAAGUUGUUGCUGUCCCUGUCGAGAAUCAGCGCAUACCCAUACACUUUAAACAAUUUUCUGGGGCGCCUUGGGACCUGCCGGUACUGUCUGGUGAUGGGGUUGCAGAUGUAGAGAUCGGAUUUUGACUGGCGGGCCCGCGGGGGAAACGAGGACGAGGUCGCCGCACGAUGCUCGGAGCACCACUUCCGGCAGUGGUAGGAAGUCGAGAUGCAACCGAGACCUGUUGUGGAGGAGAGAGGUUGAUUCCUUGGAGAAUAUGUGGCAGAGGGGUUCGAGUGCUUUGGGAGACUGGGCACUGGCUUUCUUGGCUAGACAGAAACUUACGGUGUAAGGCAGAGGGUAGCGGUCCCGGUGGAGGUGGCGAUGGGAUACGAAACUCGAAACAAAGCGAGGAUGGGAAAUCAGGGAGUGCCAGCGCCGACAAAAUGAACCGACCAGAAUAGCCACUGCGAAGUUCGGCAGACGAACGAAUAUCUCCAACAAUAUGUCCUCGUUGGCUUCGUCCAAGAAAUCACAUACUGCAAACAUGUGGGCAACAGAAACGACGGAGAUGAAACAAGCAGUGUUUUUGUGUUGUAUUCAUUGAGCCUAUCUAUCUACGAAACGAAGGAUGUAAUUUAAUUAGUUUGUUUUAUUUAGAUGCGAAUCUAUAUUCUCUAACCAAUCAAAUGGGUUUUCUCAGCAUUAGAAUUUUGUUGAGAAUCUAUAAUAAAUACCAAUAUUUGUAUGCUCUUGUAA